GAGGGGUCCGCUGGCUGGGCUGAGCAGAACCAAUAAGGAAAGUGAAGGGGUUGGUUUGCCAGUUCUCACGCCCCACCCUCCGAUGCUGCUGGAGGAAAGUUUCGCUUAGAGAAGCUAGAGGAGCGAACAUGGCAGCUGGUAGGCGGCUUUGGUGUGCUUCUGCGACCGUGGCGAUGGCGCUGCUGCUCAUUUACCAGGUUCCCUCUGCCUCUGCCCAAAGAAAGAAGGAGAUGGUGUUAUCUGAAAAGGUUAGUCAGCUGAUGGAAUGGACCAAUAAAAGACCUGUAAUAAGAAUGAAUGGAGACAAGUUCCGGCGCCUCGUUAAAGCCCCACCAAGAAAUUACUCCGUUAUUGUCAUGUUCACUGCUCUCCAACUUCAUAGACAAUGUGUUGUUUGCAAGCAAGCUGAUGAAGAAUUUCAGAUUCUGGCAAACUCUUGGCGAUAUUCCAGUGCAUUUACCAACAGGAUAUUUUUUGCCAUGGUGGAUUUUGAUGAAGGCUCAGAUGUAUUUCAGAUGCUAAACAUGAAUUCUGCUCCAACUUUCAUCAACUUUCCUGCAAAAGGGAAGCCCAAACGAGGUGAUACAUAUGAGUUGCAGGUGCGGGGUUUUUCAGCUGAGCAGAUUGCCCGGUGGAUUGCAGACAGAACUGAUGUCAAUAUUAGAGUAAUUAGACCUCCAAAUUAUGCUGGUCCCCUUAUGUUGGGAUUGCUUUUGGCUGUUAUUGGUGGACUUGUAUAUCUUCGAAGAAGCAAUAUGGAAUUUCUCUUUAAUAAAACAGGAUGGGCUUUUGCAGCUUUGUGUUUUGUGCUUGCCAUGACAUCGGGUCAAAUGUGGAACCAUAUUAGAGGACCACCAUAUGCUCAUAAGAAUCCUCACACAGGACAUGUGAAUUAUAUCCAUGGAAGCAGUCAAGCCCAGUUUGUAGCUGAAACACACAUUGUUCUUCUGUUCAAUGGUGGGGUUACUUUAGGCAUGGUGCUUUUAUGUGAAGCUGCUACCUCUGACAUGGAUAUUGGGAAACGAAAAAUAAUGUGUGUAGCUGGUAUUGGACUUGUUGUGUUAUUCUUCAGUUGGAUGCUCUCUAUUUUCAGAUCUAAAUAUCAUGGAUAUCCAUACAGCUUUCUGAUGAGUUAAAAAGAAUUCCAGAGAUUUGUAGACACUGUGGUAAUGGAAACUGAAAAACAAAUAUGUGUGUAUUUGAAAAGAAGAAUGCAAUUUGUGUAUUUUAUAUUACCUCUUUUUUUCAAGUGAUUUAAAUAGUUGAUCAUUUAACCAAAGAUGUGUAGUGCCUUAACAAGCAAUUUCUUGUCAAAAUCGUGAAGUAUUUAAAAAUCACUCUCUUCUUAAACUUCCCUUCCCAGUUUUAUAAAACAUUUAAUUUUGUAUAAGUAAGUACAUUAUAAAGUUUAAAACUACUACAUUUUAAUUAGAACAAAGCUCACUACUAUUUCAGUUAACAUUUUGAUUAUCUGAUUUUAUAUUCUUUUCCAAAGUGGGGAAUAAAAGUUCUGACCAAGUAUUCCCACAUAUCCAUGCUACAGAUAACUGCAUCAGUAAUUCAUUCUUAGCUUUUCUAUGUUUGCAUGGAUGUGUAUAUUUUACACAUUUUUCCUUGUGGACUGAGAAAUAUGUACUUUAUGGUCUUUUGAAACUGGAACAUUAUUCUUGAAAAUACAGAUCUAGCCUUUAGAAAGAUUAGUCAAUCUUCUUUCUGCAUCAUUUCUACUGAAAUACAGUGCUAUCUAUGCUUCUUGAUAGCUGCAAAUAUUAAAAAUAUCUAAAUAUAGAAUUAUAAUUUCUGCAUGUCUAUAGUGUUCACUACCUUGUAUUUGGAAAGACUUCAGAUUCAUCCUAUACCCUUAAUUUCCUUUUAUUUAAAAUGACAUAUCUCUAAUAAUAAUAUACAUUAAUGCUAAAAGUCAGUGUCAUCUGGAUGCAGUGGCACACACCCCUAUAAUCCCAGUACUUGGGAGGCUGAGGCAGGAAGUUCAACCAUGAGUUCAAGGCCAGUUUGAAUUACAUACCAAGAUCUUGUCUCAAAUCCCUGUGAGUUUGAGGCCAGUUCAGUAAGUUGAAAGCCAGCACCCUAUCUUGCAACAAAAAAAGACAUUGUAACUUAUAUUCUAUGUUCUACAAUGUUUCUAAAAUUUGAAGAUUAACAUUUGUUUCCUUUUUUACCUAACAGAAGAAAUAGUCUCAGUAGGCUCAGUUGUGUUUAGGAAAAGGAUUUCCUUGAAAUAGGAAAAAAAUCAUUUGUUACCUGUGUACAGAAAUUGAAUGUUUCUUGGUUUAUUCUAUCUUUGCUAUGACUUUAGCCUUUUUUCCUCUCUUGUUAAGUAGAGAAAGCCAGCACAGUCGCAUGUACCUGUCCCAGAUGCUCCCAGAUACUUAAUGAUCUGAAGUAGGAAGAUGUUUGGGGACAGGUUGUUUGUUUUUAGUUUGCUUUGGUUUUUGAUGUUGUUGCUUUGGUACUGGGGAUCAAACUCGA